CUCAACCUCUCUGCCACACCAAACGCUCCCCGCUGGUCCAAACCUCAGAGCAAUAAUACCCAGAUGACUUCUUGGCAUAUUUCUGUUGAUUCUAGUCAAAAUCUCAAUCGACAAGCACAUCCCAAGAAACCCAGUUCGGUUUCAGUCUUGCAGUUGAACGGCAGUAAGGAGGAGGGUCAGUUGGGAGAUGGGUCGUUUGAAUUUUUGUUGAGAAAGGGUAAGUUUAUGCUGGAUUCAAUCGUGGAACAGCCAUUGCAUAGCUUGAAUGAUUUCUUCGAUUCUAACAAGCUUAUGUUGCUUGAAGCUGAUAUAUUUAGUUUAUUGAAAGCAUUAGCUCAUUCGGGCAAUUGGGAAAGAGCCCUUUUAUUCUUUGAAUGGGUAGUGUUGAAUUUAAAGUCUUCUAAUGUCAAAAUAGACAAUCAGGUUGUUGAGCUAAUGGUUAGAAUUCUUGGGAGAGAAUCACAGCAUUCGAUUGCAUCCAAGCUGCUCAAUGUAAUUCCGCUUGAGGAUUAUUCUCUUGAUGUUCGAGCAUAUACGACCAUUCUUCAUGUGUAUUCUCAUACUGGCAAGUACAAAAGGGCAAUCUCUGUGUUUGAGAGAAUGAAGGAGACAGGGCUUUCUCCUACUUUAGUCACUUAUAAGGUCAUGCUUGAUGUUUAUGGGAAGAUGGGUCGCUCUUGGGAUAAAAUUUUAGGCCUACUGGAUGAAAUGAGAAGCAAUGGACUCAAAUUUGAUGAAUUUAUUUGCAGUACUGUGAUAUCUGCUUGUGGGAGAGAGGGUCUGCUAAAUGAAGCAAAGGAGUCCUUUGCAAAAUUGAAGUCCCAAGGCUAUGUACCUGGGACGGUUACCUAUAAUGCAAUGCUCCAAGUUUUUGGUAAGGCAAGGAUUUAUUCAGAGGCCUUGAGCAUUUUGAAAGAGAUGGAGGAUAAUAACUGUCCUGCCGACUCUGUAACAUGUAAUGAGCUUGUGGCUGCUUAUGUGAGAGCUGGGUUUUACAAGGAAGGAGCAACCCUCAUUGAGACAAUGAUGUGUAAAGGAGUGAUGCCGAAUGCUGUUACGUAUACAACUAUGAUCAAUGCCUAUGGGAAAGCAGGAAAGGAGGAUCAAGCUUUGAAAUUGUUUGACAAGAUGAAAGAGUCAAGAUGUGUCCCUAACGUGUGCGCUUACAAUGCUGUGCUUAGGAUGUUAGGGAAAAAGUCACGAUCAGAGGACUUUGUGACAUGAAAUCAAGUGGAUGUUCCCCUAACCGCAUUACGUGGAACACAUUGCUUGCCAUGUGUGGUAACACAGGAAUGCACCAAUAUGUUAAGUUGUUAACCGAAGCUUUCAGGAAAUGAAGAGUUGCGGUUUCG